AUGAGCUUGCUAAAGCCUUCUCUGAUUUUAAUUUGGGCUACAGUGCUUGUCACAUUCUUCCUCAAAGUAUUAUUAUGGAAAGAACGUCAUAAGUGGGAAAAUAUUUGCAGCAAAGCUGAAAGUUGGUUGAGUGAAAAUGUACCCGAUGUUGAAGUUGAAAAAUGUCUUUACAAUAACUCGAACAAAUUUAUUAUUCGACUCUUUAAAGCCACUCAGUGGGUAGAUGAGAAUCAACAAAGAAGUUUGGGUAUUCUAUGUAAGAAAAGGAAAUCAAUCAUUAUUCGGCGUUAUGUUGAUAAACGUGUUGUCCGUCGGUUCCUCAGUUGCCAGAAUGAAUCUGGUUAUUUCGAACUCACCUCACAAUUGGCAGAAGCUUUUGGCUUCAGCUCAGUUGAAGAAGCUAAAAAACAUAUUGAAACUCAUUUUUCAUCCUACUCAGAUAUGUGGGUAGAUGCAUACCAAAAAGCACAGAGUUGGCUUUGUAAAAAAGUACCAGACGAUAAGGAACUUGCGGCUGCUAGAAUCUUUGUUGUCAAAAGAUUUGAAGUUGAACAAGAUGCUAUAAAUGAAGAUGUAACUUUCAAGGAAUAUAUCGAAACUAGUGAGAGUCAUGAAAUUGUUGAUGAGCCCGACGAAGAAGAGCAACCAAUUCUAAAUGAUGACGUUGUGGGAAUAAUUAGAACUAAGGUUAACCAUGUGACAAUUAAUCCAAAAUGGAAUGAAAUUCAUUUAAUUUCUGCUCAUGGUUUAGGCGAAAAAUUUUCGGUGGAAGUCUUUGAUGAAAAUCUUUUUAUAUCGGACAAACCUCUCGGUAGCUAUGUCUUGGAUACUAACAUUUUACUAAAAAGUGAGGAUCAAAUUAAACUCUUCAGUGGUUCGUUCUCUCUUCAGAUUGGCCAAAAGCCAGUUAGAGGACACUUAAACUUGGAACAUUUAUACAUUCUUAUUAGCUGGCGCAAUGUGAAUGGAUCUUGGGAAUUUACUGAUAAAUUGGCUCGUUUCUUUAAUUAUAAAUCUGAUGAAAAAUUGAAACAAGCUUUCUUUACUCACUUAUCUUCAGACAAAGAUCUCUUAAAAUAUGACUUGUCUAUACUUGCGACAGCUCUUACGAUUAUAAACCUUCGAAAUGGCCGAAACCUCUGA